AUGCCCCUCAGUGUUUUAAAGACCAAGUCAGGUACUAGUCCUGCAGCUUCUGCUCAUGAUCCUGAGUCGGGUAUUGGCAAUUCUGGUAAAGGAGUUAUUGACACUGAUGAUAUUGAUGAGAAUGAUGAAUCCGGACAAAGCAUACUGCUAGGUAUAAUCUCGCAACUCAAACCUGGAUGUGAUCUCUCGAGGAUAACUCUGCCAACAUUCAUAUUAGAGAAGAAAUCGAUGCUUGAAAGAAUCACUAACCAACUUCAGUUCCCAGACAUACUACUGGAAGCGCACGAGGAAAAAGAUGAGCUCAAAAGAUUUGUACAAGUUGUCAAAUGGUAUCUAUCUGGCUGGCACAUAUCUCCGAAGGCUGUAAAGAAGCCUUUGAAUCCUGUUUUAGGAGAGUUUUUUACUUGCUACUGGGAUUUGCCCAACAAACAACAAGCAUUUUACUUCUCGGAACAGACUAGUCAUCAUCCUCCUAAAUCUUCCUACUUCUACAUGAUUCCAGAGUCAAACAUUAGAGUUGACGGUAUAAAUAUUCCAAAAUCGAAGUUUCUCGGGAAUUCGACUGCUGCAAUGAUGGAAGGUUCAACUGUUUUGCAAUUUCUGGACAUUAAGGACUCCCACGGGAAUCCGGAAAAAUACACACUGAGUCAACCAAAUAUGUACGCUAGGGGAAUUCUCUUUGGUAAAAUGAGAAUCGAGCUAGGCGACCACAUGAUUAUCAAGUCAUCUAAAUACAAGGUUGAUGUUGAAUUCAAAACAAAAGGCUUUAUUUCGGGCACUUAUGAUGCUAUCGAAGGCAUCGUAAAGGAUCAUGCGGGUAAUGAGUACUACGAGAUCAGUGGAAAGUGGAACGAUGUGAUGUAUAUUAGGGAUUUACGAAAAAAAUCCACGAAAACUAUCUUAUUUGAUGCCAAGUCAGCACAACCACUCAAGCCUUUAGUUCGUCCGUUGGACGAGCAAGGUGAAUUUGAGUCAAGAAAUCUUUGGAAAAAGGUGACUGAUGCUUUGGGUAGGCGCGACCACACCACUGCAACGGAUGAGAAGUUUGCCAUUGAAGAUGACCAGCGUCAGAAGGCCAAGAAAAGACAAGAUGAGAAUGAUGAGUUUCAUCCUAAGCUAUUUAGACCGGCGCAUAAUCCUAGUGAUGACUUGGAGUUCUACAUCUACAAGGAUAUCCCCGCGAGUUCAAGCCAUGAAGAUCAAAUAAGAGCUAUUCUGGAAAUUGCUCCUGUAUUGCCUGGCCAGGAGUUUACAGAAAAGUUCAGCCUAUCUGGCCAUGAAAAACAUGAGGCACAAAACCAAGCGAAACAUGUCGGUCCAUAA